AUGUCCGCAACAGCCUCUGGCUCCGAUGCCAGAGCAAACGGCUCCGCUGACCCACGGGCUCAUAACCAGGGAAACCAGGAUCGCAAGUACACACCACAGCAGAAGGCAGAAGUCCUUCGAAUACGGAAAUGCAGCCCUACAGCCUUCUACGAGAUCCUUGCGAUCGAGAAGACGGCAAGCGACGGGGAGAUCAAAAAGGCAUAUCGCAAGAUCAGUCUUUUAACACAUCCCGAUAAAAAUGGUUAUGACGGAGCCGACGAGGCUUUUAAGAUGGUCUCUCGCGCUUUCCAAAUAUUAUCAGACGCCGAUAAGAAAGCCAGGUAUGAUCAGUUUGGCGGCGAUCCCGACAACCGGUUCUCCAGCAGUGGUGCUGCGUCUGCUGGAGCCAGUCCCUUCAGUGGGUUCGCAAGGUCGUCCGGUAGGGGCCCUAUGUAUGAAGACGAGAUCUCGCCCGAGGAGUUGUUCAAUCGGUUCUUUGGUGGAGGGAUGGGGCCUGGAUUUCAAUUUGGCGGCGCGGGCUUCGGAGGGCCCCAAUUUGUUUUCAAUAUGGGCGGCGGCCCUGGUUUUACAGUACAUCGUAUGGGAGGCAACAGACCGAGAGCCAGACCGCGAGAUGGAUCGGAAACCGGCCCAUCGGGAGUGUCUGCACUCACACAACUUCUCCCGCUGCUCCUGUUAUUCGUCCUCCCUCUGUUGUCAUCCUUAUUCACUGGUUCGACCGACUCAGGCCCGCACGUUCGAUAUGACUCGCCGGUACCUCCGCAUACGAUGCAUCGGGUCACUCCCCGGUAUAAAAUCGACUACUUCCUGAACCCCGCUGAGGUGGAGGGUUACACUUCAAGGCAGUUUAGUUCGCUGGAUCAGCGGGCAGAAGUAGACUAUGUCUCGACGUUGAAGUACCAAUGCGAAACUGAAGUACAGCGGCAACGGCACGAAAUCAACGAGGCUACGGGUUUCUUUUUCACAGACGAGAACAGGCUGCAGAGAGCGAGGAAUAUGGCUAUGCCUGGAUGCCGGCGGCUGGACGAGUUGAAAGUCAAACGACAGUAUUGA